AUGGCCCAGCCCUUGUCCCGGCCCCUGGUCCCAGCAUCCCGGCCCAGGCCCAGGCCCAGGCCCCCGGCCCCGCCCUCGGCCUGCUUCCCCAAUAGGUGCCAGUCUCGGCCCGGACACCAGCGAAUGCCCAGAUCCAGGUCCCCACCCAGGCCCCCCCUCCAGCCUCAGACCCAGGCCCUGGCCCGGCCCCCCUCCCCUCCUCUGCCCUGGUUCCAGCUCCGGUCACAAAUUCCAGCCCCACCCCUGUCCCAGUCCCAUCCCCAGUGUUUGCUGAAGCCCAGGGCCCGAACCCUGCCCUCACUCCAGUCCCCAUCACAGUCUCUUCUUCUGUCCCACCCCCUGCCCUUUCUCCAGCCCCCGUGCCCGGCCCGGCCCAGCCCAUUCUCUCAGCCUUUGCCCGUUUCUCUGUGUUUACCCAAGUCUCUCCCACCACCUACCCCUCUCUCUCACACCCUGCCCCUCUCCCAGCCUCGCCUCAGGUCUGGGCUCCAGCUGCCCCCAGCCCUGCUGCUGCUGUUGCUGUUUUCUGUCCUUGGCCCAGGGGCUGGAGGCCUCUUCCUGACCGAUUACUCCACCUGCUCACCCCGCAAGCUGAGUCCUUUCCGCUCCUUUGCCAGCACCGAACUCUUCCACUUCCAUGUUCCUGAGGACACAUUCCUGGCUGUUUGGAACCUCAUCAUCUUCAAGGAGCAGGGGGGGUCCUUUGGGGACCAUUGCCCAGACCAAAGUGUGACUGUGUAUUUCCGGUCCGGGGCACCCCCUGUCAUCAAUCCCCUGCACACACACUUCCCAGGGGACACGGCUGUGCCUGGGGUUUUCUCACUGACCCUCAGCUGGACACUGCCCAACCGCACGUCAGGCAUCUUUAACGUCAGCAGCCCCUUACCUGGGGACUGGUUCUUGGCUGCCCACCUUCCCCAGGCCCACGGCCACAUCUCUGUCAAGGGUCUCCAGGAUGAGUGUCAGUACCUCCUUCAGCCACAGCUGAUUGUCCGGCGUUUACUGGACGUUGCUGUGCUGGUGCCUGGCCGUCCCUCAGAGCAAACCCUCUCCCCCCACAAUCGCUCAGCCUUAUACAAGGUCUUUGUGCCCAGCUUCACUUACAGGGUUUCAGCACAGUUGGUGUGUGUGGGGGGCCGAGGGGCAUCCGCCUGCCCCCUGACACUUCGCCUACGUCCCAAGGCCCCACCCCUGCACAACUCCAGCUCUGUGGCAUGUGGAGGUGCCUCGGUAUGCCAGCUGGAGCUAGCACUGCCCCCUUGGGGGCGCUGGGUCUACGUGCGUGUGGAGACACCAUCCCGGGGCUCUGGCAGGACCAUCCGCUUCCAGCUGUGUGUGCGGUUGCAAGAGUGCCCCAAGCCCAGCCUGACCCGUGCCCUGACCCCUGGAGCUGCCAUGAACAUGCCCCAGUCACUGGGCAACCAACCACUGCCCCUAGAGCCACCAUCCCUUGGUGCCCCCGUGGAAGAGCCUGGGGCCACAUCUCCACCUGAGCACUGCUGGCCAGUGCGCCCGACUCUGCGCAAUGAGCUGGACACCUUCUCCGUCCACUUCUACAUCUUCUUUGGCCCCAGCGUGGCCCUCCCCCCCGAGCGCCCUGCUGUGUUUGGCCUGAGGCUGCUGCCGGUGCUGGACAGUGGAGGUGUCCUUAGCCUGGAGCUCCAUCUCAAUGCGAGCUCCCUGCGCCAGGAAAAUGUGACCGUGUUUGGAUGCCUGACUCACGAGGUGCCCUUGAGUCUGGGGGAUGCAGCAGUGACCUGUUCCAGAGAGUCCCUUGCUGGCUUCCUCCUCUCGGUCAGCGCCACAUCCCGAGUGGCCAGGCUGCGAAUCCCGUUCCCACAGACCGGGACGUGGUUCCUGACCCUCCGCUCCCUGUGCGGGGCGGGGCCUCGGUUUGUGCGGUGCCGGAACGCCACUGCCGAGGUGCGGCUGCGCACCUUCCUGUCCCCGUGUGUGGACGACUGCGGGCCCUACGGCCAGUGCAAGCUGCUGCGCACGCACAACUACCUGUACGCGGCCUGCGAGUGCAAGGCCGGGUGGCGGGGCUGGGGCUGCACCGACAGCGCGGAUGCGCUCACCUACGGGUUCCAGCUGCUGUCCACACUGCUGCUCUGCCUGAGCAACCUCAUGUUUUUGCCACCCGUGGUCCUGGCCAUUCGGAGCCGAUAUGUUCUGGAAGCUGCUGUCUACACCUUCACCAUGUUCUUUUCCACGUUCUAUCAUGCCUGUGACCAGCCAGGCAUCGUGGUUUUCUGCAUCAUGGACUACGAUGUGCUACAGUUUUGUGAUUUCCUGGGCUCCUUAAUGUCCGUGUGGGUCACUGUCAUUGCCAUGGCUCGUUUACAGCCUGUGGUCAAGCAGGUGCUGUAUUUGCUGGGGGCUAUGCUGCUGUCCAUGGCUCUGCAGCUUGACCGGCAUGGACUCUGGAACCUGCUUGGACCCAGUCUCUUCGCCCUGGGGAUCUUGGCGACAGCCUGGACAGUACGCAGCGUCCGCCGUCGGCACUGCUACCCACCCACAUGGCGCCGCUGGCUUUUCUACCUGUGCCCUGGCAGCCUUAUUGCAGGCAGUGCCAUCCUACUCUAUGCUUUUGUGGAGACACGAGACAACUACUUCUACAUUCACAGCAUUUGGCAUAUGCUCAUCGCUGGCAGUGUGGGCUUCUUGCUGCCCCCUCGUGCCAAGACUGACCACCGGGUUCCACCUGGAGCUCGGGCCCGGGGCUGCGGUUACCAGCUGUGCAUCAAUGAGCAGGAGGAGCUGGGCCUUGUGGGCCCAGGAGGGGCCCCUGUCAGCAGUAUCUGUACCAGCUGAGAGCGACUUUGAGUCUGGCCCUUGGACCAUGAACCCUUCCCAGGGCACAAAGAGCCCUUUCUGGGUUUUUCCAGGCAGUGCGGAGCUUUCCCAGGGAUGAGAGACCAGUUGUGUUUCUUGAGGACUUGGUGUCUUCCUUGACGUGGAAUUCUUCCAGGGACCCGGCAUACUUCCUGAAGAUUGGAGCCAUCCUGCAUCCAUUGAGUCUUUCAGGGCUGUAGCCUGUGCAGGGCCUCAGAGCCCCUCAGGACCAGCAGUCCCUCCUAGGGCGUGGAGCCCCUCCCAGGGAUAUGGAGCCCUCCUGAGGACAUGGAUUCCUUCCUGGGGAGACAGAGCCCUCCCAGGACAUGGCAUCAUUCCUGAGGAAGUGGAGUCCAUUUUGGGGAAACUGAGUCUCCAGAUCUUCCAGCAGCUCAGCAACUCUGGCCUCAGGCCUCCUUCCCAGAAGCAGCAUCUGUGCUGAGCUGUGCUGGGAGGGGACAUGCAGGGACAGAUGGGACUGGGACUAGGGCUGGUACCUUGAGUUGAUGCAGGUGGAGUCUGGUGUGUCUCCAAUGAAGU